UGGAGGGCACUCCGGGGACGGCGGGUGGGUGAGAGCCUGUGAACGGGCCUGGGCGCGUGGGGUGCGCGGUGGAGAGCUUGUGGGCAGGACAAUGCGUGCCGGCUCCUUCCGGGCUCCUCCCCGCACCCGCUAACACACUGCAGCUGCCGCAGUCUCUGAAGCAGGGAGAGAGCACCCCAAGAUGUGUCGCGGGGUGCUCUGGGUGGCCCUGCCUGUGGCGCUCUCCCUGCUGGUGUGCUCCACGCAGGGGAAGCCACUGGACAGCCGGGUGAGGGCCUCGGCUGGGGGAGAUGCCCACCGCCUGCUAGGAGGGGCCGGAGGUGAGCAGGAACGGGGCACCUUCGACCUGAGGAUGUUCCUGGAAAACAUGAAGGUGGAUUUCUUGCGCAGUCUCAACCUGAGCGGGGUCCCCUCCCAGGACAAAACCCGAGCUGAGCCACCGCAGUACAUGAUUGACCUGUACAACAGAUACACCACUGACAAGACGUCCACCCCCGCGUCCAACAUCGUGCGCAGCUUCAGCGUAGAAGAUGCUGUCUCUGUCUCAGCCACAGAAGACUUCCCUUUCCAGAAACACAUCUUGCUCUUCAAUAUCUCCGUUCCCAGGCAUGAGCAGAUCACCAGGGCUGAGCUCCGACUCUACCUCUCUUGUCAAAGUCACGUGGAUGCCUCCCAUGAGCUGAAAGGAAACAUGAUCAUCUAUGAUGUUCUGGACGGAGCUUCUGAGGGAACCAAGACCUUCCUGGUGUCCCAGGACAUCCGGGAUGAGGGCUGGGAGACCUUUGAGGUGUCCAGUGCUGUGAAGCGGUGGGCCCAGGCUGACUCCACCAAGAGCAAAAAUAAACUGGAAGUGACCGUCGAGAGUCACAGGAAAGGCUGCGACAAGCUAGAUAUCAGUGUCCCCCCAGGCUCCAAAAACCUGCCCUUCUUUGUCGUCUUCUCCAAUGACCGUAGCAACGGAACCAAGGAGACCACGCUAGAGCUCAGGGAGAUGAUCAGCCAUGAGCAGGAAAGUGUGCUCAAGAAGCUGUCUAGGAACAGCCUGUUGGAGGCAGGUGAGGACAAGGAUGGGGAGGAGGAGGGCAUGGAAGGCCACGUGGCCAUGGGGUCAUCUCUGGCCAGACGGAAGAGGAGCGCUGGGGCCAACAACCACUGUCAGAAGACCUCGCUGCGGGUGAACUUCGAGGACAUUGGCUGGGACAGCUGGAUCAUCGCGCCCAAGGAGUACGACGCCUAUGAAUGUAAAGGUGGCUGCUUCUUCCCCCUGGCUGAUGACGUGACCCCCACAAAACACGCCAUUGUGCAGACCCUGGUGCAUCUCAAGUUCCCCAUGAAGGUGGGCAAGGCCUGCUGUGUGCCCACCAAACUGAGUCCCAUUUCCAUUCUCUACAAGGAUGACAUGGGGGUUCCCACACUCAAGUACCACUAUGAAGGAAUGAGCGUGGCAGAGUGUGGGUGCAGGUAGUGCCAGCCCGGGGGUGGGGGAGGCAGGGCAGAGGGGGGUCCUAAGGAGAAGUCCUGUGUCUCCCUGGGCAUGACGGGGACUAAGCCCCCCUGCAUGCCAGCCUUGAGAAGGAAGGAGAGCCACCAAGUCCUCGAGGUAAAGGCCUGCUCACCCUCUCAAUGGCCCACCCCAGACACACACCACUGGGUGGAACUGCAGGGAGGGGAUGGUAGUGGGCAGUGGGGGUUUGGGGAGAAGAGAAAAGCCUGGAAGGGUUAUUGGGGUGGAAGGGGAGAUAAAGAAAAGGGGACAAGAGAAAAGGUAAUGUAGAGUCAGCUGAAAACUAAGCGGAAAUGAGGUGGAGGAGUAUAGACGGUAGAUGUUCAGAGACUAUUGGAAAUUAAAGGAAGCGAGAGGGAUGGGAUCCCUUCCAUUAACCUCAGGAAGGGAAGGGGACAGGAAUGGGCUGUGUGCUUCACACCCACUGCAUGUUAUUCCCACAAGCUGUGAGGUGGAUGUUCUGACUCCCACUUCACACGUGAAGCUGAAAACUCAGGCAGUUCAAGUAGCAACAGUCAAUGGCAUGAUUCGAACCCACGAGUCUCCAUAGGUCUGUUGAUCACCAAAGCCCAGGACCUCCCCAAGUGCCCCACUGCACUUUAAAAGGUCACCUUAUGAAGGCAGACAUUGGGAGGUGGGGAAUGUGGGACAGACUGGACUGAGCCCGGCCCAGGAUCCACCAGUAUGACUGAACUGCUUGUCACAUCCAGGACAGGUUCUGACUGUUCCGCAUCUGUGCUGAUUCAGUGUCCAAGUGCUUUUUAAGAUGACCCCUGAAUCACUGAAAACUACCCCCAAACACAUUACAGGAUGGAGAGAGUGCAGGACAGGGGCUCUCAGGCUGCAGCGCGAGCUGUGGCCAGAAGUACUUUGACCUGCUGGCACAGAGCUCGUGUGACCAGCCGUUCAUACAGGGUGACUCACUGCUGUGGAAUCUGACUAGAAGAUGGUUUAGGAGGGGGCAGCCGUCGUCUCUGCAGUUACUUGGCAUAACCAGCUCAUCAGCAUAGCACGCCUCUGGGCUUCCCCCCACCACAGGGACUCCACAGGCCACAAGACCUGGAUUUGAAUUUGUUGGAAUAAAUGUGCUCUUGCUUUGGUAUUUGCAAUGUCCCUAUUUUUACUCCUUAGUGACAUGUGCUCAGAGGAUGACAUCCAGCUUUCCUGAAUAGGGCUCCCAGCCACUGAAGAAGUCAGGUCCUUAUUGACCACAGUUGGCACUUACCCGCUUUCCUGACUAAUGUGCAUUCCACACCUGCCCUGCGCUUGGGCCUUGGGACCAGACUCAGUCUGCACUGACCUCUGGAAAGGACCUCUGACUCUCGAGAUCACACAUGGGAUGGGGCAGAGUAGGAAGAGUCUGGAAGUAGUGAAGAUUCCACUCCAUGGCCCUUCUGACCACUAGCCAGAGCAGAACCUAUAGGAGGCCUGGAGAGACCUGGACCAUUCCCAUUGGUUGGGGCUUCCAGAAUAUUUUUCUUUUUAAAUGAUUUGUGUUAAAUGUUUACAUGGAACCAAUGAACAGCUUUAACACAAAAAUACAAUAAAACAUUAUUGUUUAAUUACUGGAGUAACAGAAAAUACUAAUUCCUGGUACGACAAUGUUGCUCAAUCAUCAAGAUGGAUAACAGACAUCUUUUAGUCCCGGUGGUGUAUUUCUGUGCUUGCACCAAAAUUUUUCUUGGAAAUAAAGUCAAAUGUCUAAUUUGUGGCCUUUCUUGAGUGUGAGAUGGUCUGGUCCCCUAACCCCACACUCUGCCCACUUCUUCCUUCAGGCCCUUCUUUCCCUGGGGAGAGGUGGUGAGGAGGGACAUGAAGACCAGCUGCCACGGAGAGGUGUGAGCAGUGUCUCUGUAGGUCAGUGUGAAUGGACACGUCUGCCUAAAAGCGUGUGUGUGGGUAUGUGGGCAUGGCUGUGAGCAUGGAUGUUUGCAAGUGGCUGAGGCCUUGCAAGUGGAUGUCAGCCCCAUGCUCUCCUUGGUGCCCCCACGCAUCAGGGAAGGACACCAGGCUCUGGCUAAGAGACACAUCUAGCUGUAAGUCCUAUCUGCCCUGUUUCCCGGGGCCUGCACAACUCUUCCAGCUUCUGUUUCCUCUAUGUCCCUGCUCAGGUGCCCAGCUCCAUCCAGAUACCCUCAAGGCCAUGCCAUGGCCAUCCCUCUCCCAGCUCCACAGCCUAAGUCUACCUUCUGAAGAGCCAGCUCUGGUGUCACUCCCUCUGGCCCCUCUCUUGCUGUUCCAAUUCUGAUUUUCUUCCCUCUAAAGGGCACAAAAAUGCUUUUGUCUCGUGGUUGCCGUUGGCUGGGUGUGGGGACCUACUGACUUCUUACCUUGAGCUCCUGUGGCACCAAGUACCUUGGGGACAAAUCCGAAAGCCCUCCAGCCCCAGUUACUCCCUAGAGUGCCAGUGUGGGUUGCGGCUCAGGACCCAACCUAAUUUGGAUGGAUUUCCUAGUAUGGGACUUGAAACGAGAGCCCAAGAAAUACCUUCUGGUUUCUAUUUCACUGGGUUCAUUCCACCAGACCUAAAGCUUGCUCAGCUCCAGCCAGAGAACAAAAUCCAACAGCGCCAUCCUCUGGACACUCAGGCAGCCAAUUAGCCCUCUGCCAGAAGACAGUCAUUGUCAAUGCUAUAUAUUUGUAGCAUUUCCUGAAGCAUUUUCAUUUUUAUCACAUCAGGGUAGUGAUGUUCUUGCUGUCACAGGUAUGAUGAAGCUGAACUACAGUGGGAUGGUGAGUUGGCAGCGUUGGUGGGCUGUCCCCUGCCCUUCUGGGACCUACCCUCCAGACCAGAGCAAGAGGAGAGAGAGAAGAUUAGGGAGGCCCAGCAGGAAGCCACAGGCAAACACAAAACAGUGAGAUGGAGAGUGGGACACAGAGACUAAGAAGGGAUCCAGAGAGGAAGCUGGGAAUGCCCUGAACGCCAGGCAGGCUUGGAACUCCCACUCAGAGACUCAGUGGUUUACAUCCUGCAGAGAAAGUAUGUGGGUGAUGCUCCCACUGCUGCUCAGGCCUUGGU